UACACUUCCUUCUCUCCGUUGGGAACAGCAGUGUAAUUUCUUAAACUUAGUUUCGGGGCUCAACCCUAAACAAUUAUGAUGAAUAAAAAAUAAUGGAUGAUAAUGAAUAAUUGAUAACUAAACGUAAGACACUACAUUAUUGCUUAGGAGGCACAAUCACUGCACCCAAUUUUUUCGGCAAUUUAGACGGUUCCAAGUUUCGUCGGUGACACAAAAGGCGCUUUUUUAUCCCCGGCCGCAAUCAUGGCCGAGAAACUCGCUUCACGAUUCACUAUAGUCAAGACAAUUCCAGGUACUUAAAAACACCGCCAGUUUUUUCCAACAGAAGCAUACCAGCUGCCCAGCGACCAUGCACCCAGAUGCCCAGCGACGACGGACUGGUCCAAAGGCCAGAGGUGACAGCUGGAGGCCCUGCAGGAGGCCGCGUGUGGUCGGCGCGGAAGGUCGAGGUGUCACUGGCCACUGUGGUCGCCGCGCGGACGUGGAAGGCAUGGUCCGGACAGCGGUGCCGGCUCUGCUGACCGCGGUCUGGCUGUGCUGCCAGACCAGCGGCGUCCCUCUAAACUGGAGAGAGGCCGAGUCCGUGACUGCAACCAGCGUGCGGAAUGUGCAGCAAGUGCAGACGAGUGUAUCAGAGCGGCGAGUUACUGACCGGGUCCAACUGGAUGACUCCGAGCACGUGACCGAGUCAUCAAGUCGCACCGCCGCCGCUCGAGCCAGCUGGCUGCACGACCACGCCUUCUUCGACGACGACGGCUGGGGCCGCACCCGAGUGGCAAACGUCACCACGGCCUCGGAGGUUAUAAACAACGGGCCGAACGGCACGGAGCGCGUCGUCACCGUCGGCGUGGCCGGUGGCGUUCUCCGGGAGGGCCCCGACAGUUAGAAAAAGGCCCCGCCGGCCGUGACGGACGGCCCCGUGAACUGAUCCGCCGCGGGCGAGAUGAACAGGGGAGCAGACCGUAACCUGGUCAGGUGUGAACAAUAUUACAGGAUGAUGAAAAGUGCGGACACUAAAUUUUAAGGAAAACAUCCCCAAAUGUGUGGCGUUAGGGCCGUGCUUUAUACGUUUGAUCAAAGAGCAGCAACUUUCUUUCCCUUGAAAUGAGCGUAUUGUCAUUCAGUGCGUGCGGGAAAUGUUGUUGCUAAGCAUGUUGAGCAGAGUCUGUUGAUAACUUAUGUGAACCGCAAUUGCUAUUUGAAACGAAUUACAUGUAGCGUUAAUCCUACGCGGUAACUCAUAAAACAUGACAAAUGCAUGUCGCAAAGUAAAGCUUGUGAGGUUACGCACACCAUUCAACUGCACUAAAUUUGGUGCAAAACAAGCAAACCAGCUGGCCAUGCAUGCCUUAGGGUGAUUUGGAAAUGCCUUGCCCAUCUUGCCCUAGGUUUAGGACGGCUGCUCCUGACCUUGUGGCUUCUUUCAUCGCUGGCGUCGAUCAUGUUAACAAUUGUGUUACGGUGCGUGUGUUCCAAUGACUUUUAGGCUUCUCUUUACAUGUGCUAUCCGUUCCUGUAUCCUUCCAAGGCCUAGCUGCUCCAUGAACAUUCAACCUGCAUCACACCUUUGCUGUGGAAGGGCCUCAUUGUUUGUAGACGCAGACGUGAACAUCAAUAAAC